GCUUCCGGUUACUGCUCAGAGAACACGUCCCUAACCUAAAGUUAAAAACUGCAUUAAGAAUUUCAACGACAUGGUUCUACCAAUAUUGAAUACACCAACCCGAAGCCCCAGUGGGAUCUCUAAAAUGGAUGCAAGCGGAGAAACCUAGCAGCAAACGUAACACCGAAAGUCCUUGUAACAGGCCAAAUUUCAUAAAUGACUACUCUAAUGUUCCCAUUGCUCUUGCUGAAUUCGAAUUUAAUACAAUAUUUUUAUUCUGACAAAGUUGCACUACAAUGCAUGUGAAAAGUUCACACGAAUUAAAUUUACCACUAAUCGUGAGCCUAUAUUCAUCCGUGAGCUCGGCUUGUAUUCAUAUAACCAUCGGCUGGCUUCGACUCCCCGUUUGACAGGAGAGAAGGCCGAAGGUUUUUCUGCAGCAUACAACCUAGACAUUUCUGGGUUAAGGUCACGCCUUUUUGAGUGGGAAUACCAAAUUUUCGAUGUAAGCAUCUGCUAUCCCAUACCAAGGAUUGGAAAAAACGCUUAGCAAACGGAGCGCAUGCAGUUAUUAUCAACUGCCAAAGGUUUUUCAAAUCUCCAUAGUACCCAGGGUUUUCAAAAUGGCGCAUGCAGAUAAUAAUGAUAAAAUCAACCCUUUCUUUUCUUGCUCAAAAGGAUCUGCUGAAUGCUAUCCGGAGCUCUUCAAGCUUUACUCACAGUCCCAGCAGACCAGUGCCAGUAAUUCGUACAAUUCCAACAAACUUUUCUUUCAGUCCACCCUUUUGCCUAAGGCUCAUGAAACUCCUGUAAAAAAACGCGGCCGCCCACGCAAGCAUCCACUGCUUGUUGAUCAAGACAAAUGCCCGAAAGAUUGGCAGAAUCCUGGCAGCUGCCUGCACGUUGGAUAUGCCAACUGUGCAGAAAUUUCAACAUUGGGCGGUGGUAAAUGUGACAACUCGCCUAACGUGAACACUCCCUCUUCUGCGUCUGCGGCAUCGUCAGUUACAAGUGGUGAAAUUUGCAAUGGCCUGCAGGAAGGAGUUAAGCGUAAUUACCAACGGCGGACUUCGACACCCAAAAUUCCAAAACCGACUCCUCGAAGUGUUGUCAAUAUACACGCUAUGUUAAUGGACGCGCUGUGCUCUUAUACGAUCAAGCGUGCUCACAUUCCACGAGAAAUCAAAGAGCUCACCCGGAAGAAGCGUCCAUGUGUGGCCGAUAUGACAGCGAUUCUCGGCUAUCAAGAGCAGAUGAAUAUCCUUCUGCGGUCUGAAUAUUAUUUCUUGCAAAAGAUAGAAGAGGAAUAUGGUUCAGUCACACCGUGCUACGAUAACAGCGUAGGAAUUCCGUUGCACUCCACAAGUAAUUCUGCUCUCGAGUUAGAUAGCCUUAUUGUGGCUUCUGAGAAAGCGCUUAGAGAGUUUCCUGUGGAGACAUGAUCGUCAAAUUAACGAUUCUAAAGUUUCUUGAAGUACUUAUCCCUGUAUCAUAUUAUCUCGUAUGCAAACGAAUUCCAUAAGUAUGGAGUGGCAAAGGGUCAAGCACUUGGUUCAGAUUUAUCAGAACUAUGAAAAAUAACUAUGAACUAACAACUUUGUUGUCCCUGUACCUAAAAUGAAAUAAAAUGGAUACUGUUUCAAGGAAAUAAAGGUCAAGUGACCAUGUAAAAA